UUUUAUUGUGAAAUGGAGCAGCCGAACUUCCGGUAUCACUUCCGCUGACUUGACUGUGGAGGAUUGUGAUGACAGGAGGAGCUGAGAGUCGAGGAGGGAGGCGGCAGGUGAAUGAUUUACGGACUCCAGUUUCAUCUUCUCACCUGUCCAACUCCAAAUAAACCCGGAGGUACUGAGAGCAGAGAUGUUCCGCCGCCUCUGACGGGUUUAUUUGUCCGAAUAAAAACGACAGAUCCCGCUCAGAGUGGACGGAAAGACGGACCCACGCCGCGGGAGCCGGACUUAGCAGGUGAUUUUCUGUGAGCGGAGGUUCCUCAGAGCCAGAGCCAUGUUGUCGGCCGAGGAGAUCCUGUGCAACACCCAGCAGGUGAUCGCGGGGCUGGAGGCUCUGAGAGGAGAGAACCGCGGUCUGCUGGAGAGUCUGCAGGAGGCGCUGGAGGGCCGGACGGCGUCGGAGAGCGGCAGCGUGGAGCAGGAGAAGAGCGGCAUCAUCCGCCAGUCGCUGGAGAGGAUAGAGCUGGGGCUCAGUGAGGCACAGGUGAUGAUGGCGCUGUCGGCUCAUCUCGGCUCACUGGAGGCCGAGAAACAGAAGCUGAGAGCUCAAGUGCGUCGUCUCUGCCAGGAGAACCAGUGGCUGAGGGACGAGCUGGCCGGAGCUCAGCAGCGUCUGCAGGACCGGGAGCAGGAGGUGGUGACCCUGGAGGAGCAGAACCGACAUCUGCAGUUCAUGUCCUCGAUACGCAAAUACGACCAGGAGGAGCCGCCUCUGGACGACAAAGACACCUCUUCCAACAAGGAGUCUCUGGAUGACCUUUUUCCUGCCGAAGACGAGGAGCAGUCACAGAUAUCUCAACCUCACCACAGCAGUGCAGCAGCUGCAGCCCAGCAGGGCGGCUACGAGAUUCCUGCCCGCCUCCGAACGCUCCACAACCUGGUAAUCCAGUACGCAUCCCAGGGUCGCUACGAGGUCGCCGUACCACUCUGCAAGCAGGCUCUGGAAGACCUGGAGAAGUCCUCUGGUCACACCCACCCAGAUGUAGCCACCAUGUUGAACAUACUGGCCCUGGUGUACAGAGACCAGAACAAAUACAAAGAAGCAGCCAGCCUGCUGAAUGACGCGCUAGCGAUCAGGGAGAAAACUCUUGGAAUGGAUCAUCCUGCUGUGGCAGCAACACUCAACAACCUGGCAGUGCUUUAUGGGAAGAGAGGAAAGUACAAGGAAGCGGAGCCACUUUGUAAAAGAGCUCUGGAGAUCAGAGAGAAGGUUCUGGGUACAGACCAUCCAGACGUGGCCAAGCAGCUGAACAACCUGGCUCUGCUGUGUCAGAACCAGGGCAAGUACCAGGAAGUCGAGCAGUACUAUGAACGUGCUCUGCACAUCUAUCAGAGCAAACUGGGACCAGACGAUGCCAACGUGGCCAAAACCAAGAACAACCUGGCAUCCUGUUACCUGAAGCAGGGGAAAUACAGACAAGCUGAAUCUCUGUACAAAGAAAUCCUGACCAGAGCACACGAAAAGGAGUUUGGAUCUGUGGAAGGCGACGGUCGUCCCAGCUGGUCCGGCGCAGACGACGGAGGAUCCAGUAACCUGAAGCGAAGCGGCUCCUUUACCAAACUACGAGAGUCGAUACGCCGAAGCAGCGAGAAGCUGGUCCGCAAGCUGAAAGGAGUCGGAGUCGAGGAAAUGACCCCGAGGAAUGCCGGGAUGAAGAGGGCUAACUCUCUGAAUGUGUUGAAUGUUGGCGCCAGAGAAAAUCAGGACGGCAGCCAGGGAAGCCAUCUGGCGGAUAUCCGAGGCCUGAGCUCCAGCACACACAGUCUGACCAGACGAGGAUCUCUGGGUGGGAACAGCUAACACACUGUGAACACAACGCAAACAACUGGAAACAUGUUCACACACCAACCAGAUCAGAUAUUAAGAGUCAAUUUCCCACUUUUCCCCCUGAAGAAGAAACUGAGACAGUUGUCACGAAUCAACUUUGACCAAAACCUAACUAGCACAUUUAAAGUUUACAUUUUGUAGUUUUUUCUGUCACAAAUCUAUACCUCUGUUGCACUACAACAUUUCCUUCCUGAUCACUUGAAACUCAUCAUUCCUUCACUCCUCGUUUUCUGAAUCAACCAGACCAGUCAUUAGAGUUAACAUAUGGGAGCAGUAAUCUAGAACACAUUUUAAAUUUCAGCACGUGUUUGCAAUGCUCGUGCUCUUUUAGCCUACAUUUCAAUUGAGACCAUUGAAAAGAAGGAAAAAAGGCUUAUUUAUGUUACAUUUCCUUAAAUUAAAUGGGCAGAUGAUAUUUUAAACAGUUUUUGUUACUUCUCAUUUGAGAAACGGGGACAUUGAGUAUUUUUGCACAGCGAUCAAAUUGACGACACAUUUGUGAAUCUUGUAAUUUUUACAUUUGGUUGAAGAGGGAGAGCUUCGUUUACAGUUAAAGAAGUUAUUUCGAUGUGAUAAAUGCCUUCAAAGUGUGCAGGUCAUUUUAAGUAACUGUCGAAUCAUGAAUGUGUUUACUCUGACAGACAUUCCGCAUUGUGGAAAAAAAGGACCUUUUUUAAAAAAAACUUAAAGGGGAACUUUGUUUUUUUCAACCUGGUGUCUGUUUUCAUGUCAUUUCAUACAUGUGAGUGAUGGAGAAAUGAAUUUUCGACAUAGCUCCAGUAUUUAGCCAGGCAGGCAGCUUAGCAGCUCAGCUAGCAGCUCGGCUAGCGAAAAGUAUGGGGCAGCUGGCCCCCCCGCGUCAAAGUCCACCCUAACGUGCUUUUUGCGCCACACUGACCGGCUCAGAUAGUCUCAGUGAGUGUCCCACAACAUACUAGAGAUGAGAAGUGAACGAAAACCUCCACAUUAACUGGCGAUCGCUCUUUGUUGUGGUCUGUAUCCAAAUCUCAGGACGCUAGAAAGCAAAUCUCGUUCCGAAAUCGCGCGAGCUCCAUCACUCAGAUGUAUGAAAUGACAUAUGAAAACAGACCCCAGGUUGAAUAAAACCGAAGUUCCCCCUUAAUGAAUGCUUCAUGUAAUUUGCACCAUUUGAAAUGAAACACUAGCGCUGCAGAAGCACACAUCAGACUUUAAAGAUGGUACUUUGAAAAGGCAGUGAAUAUUUUUGCACAUUACAUGUACGUCAUGCAUACAUAUUCUCAAACUCUCUACGAUGGUAAAUCAUCGCUCUCUGACACACACUAUACAAUAUUUAGACAAUCUAAAUAGAACAUUUAACUAAAAUGUCUAUUUCAUCUUCGCUUUUUCACUGAAAUGCCUGAAAUCCAAUUCUUAUAACAAAUGAUUUUAGUUUAACACAUAGAUUUCUUUACAUUUUUAAUCUGCGAGAGAAAUAAUUACCUCAAGAAGUAGUUGCUGAAGAGUCAAAUUCAAGAUUUUAUCAUUAACUUUAUAAACACUCCCUUGCACACUCAGGUUUAUCUGAAGUAAGAUAUAGAUGCAUAAAGGAAAAGUGCUGCUGGGAAAUAUUGGCUCCCUGAAAAUUAUGUUACCAUCAGAAGUUUAUUCCAUAAAUUCUACUUUUCAUCAUGAAGAAUUACUGAUUGUACGUUUGCUGUGUUAGAGACGUCACUGCUGUCUGUUAGUUACUGUAGAAACUACAGCCUGUUACCAGCACGUCAGAAUGUUACAUAUGAAAUAGGAAAAAUGUGUAGAAACUGGAGCAUUUAGCUCCUCUGACGCUGUUUAUUAUGUUAAAAAUGAAUGUUUGUAUUUUAUAUUUGCAAAGUUGAGCUGAAAUAAAUACAAGAAGACA